AUGCCACCCAUCAAGAAGAAAGUCCACAUCAACGCCGACCUGGGAGAAGGAUACGGCAACUUCAAAUGCGGCCCGGAUGAUGGUAUGCAACUCGAUCCAUCCAUCGACGCAUCUCUCAUUCAUCCUCGAGAGACAGACAGCAUGAGCUAACGAUUUUCUCCUCCCCACCCAGAACUCAUCCCUCUAAUCGACCACGCCAACGUCGUAAGUAAGAAAUCGCCAAAGAUGCAUCAGCUUCCAAUAUUGAACCGCACGAACCGGCAUCAACUCUAACAUUUCGUCCUCCGAAAAAAAAAAAUAGGCCUGUGGUUUCCACGCCGGCGACCCACUCAUCAUGAUGGAGACCGUCCGCAUCUGCAAGCAACGCGACAUCGCCGUCGGGGCCCAUCCAGGCCUGCCCGACAUCCAAGGCUUCGGUCGGCGAGAAAUGAAACUCUCCCCCGAGGAACUCACAGCCAUGGUGCGCUAUCAAGUCGGUGCGCUGAAAGCCUUCCUCGACGUCGAAGGCGUUCCCCUGCACCACGUGAAACCCCACGGCGUGCUCUAUGGCAUGAUGUACCGUGACAAGGAAAUCUGUCGUGCGGUGUACGAGGGUGUUCCGAGGGGUUGUAGGGUUUUUGGACUCGCUGGGACUUUUCAUGAAGAAGUCGCGAUGGAGAUGGGGUUACCUUUUACGGCGGAGCUGUAUGGAGAUGUCAAGUAUAGUCAAGGUGGGCAGUUGGUGCUUCGGGAUCUCCAAGCAGGAUGACGCUGACCUUCAAGCAGACGGAAAACUCGUGAUUGAUCGAAAGAAGAAACCAUGGACGCCUGAGGAGACAGAGAAACAUAUCUCCAGCCAAGUCGAGGACUCUAGCGUCACGGCCGUGACUGGAGAGAACGUAACAUUGCCGAUUGACGACCAUGAUGUUUCUUUGUGCUGCCAUAGCGACAGCCCAGGCGCCGUCGAGAUUGUCACAGCAGCCAGAAAGAUCAUUGACGAGUUUAACAAGAAGAUGGGCUACACGUAA